AUGGCGACCAGUAUGCGUGGACUCACGCAGUUCAUUGCGGAUAUUCGCGGCGCGAGAGUUCGCGAGCUAGAGGAGAAGAGAAUCAACAAGGAAAUGGCGAACAUCCGGAAGAAGUUUAAAGACGGAAACUUGGAUGGAUAUCAGAAGAAGAAAUAUGUUGCGAAAAUCAUCUUCACCUAUAUAUUGGGUUACAAGGUUGAUGUUGGGCAUAUGGAAGCCGUAAACCUUAUAUCGAGUUCGAAGUAUAGCGAAAAGCAAAUUGGAUAUCUGGCAGUUACCCUUUUGAUGCAUGAAAACUCUGACUUCCUCCGUCUUGUUGUCAAUUCCAUUCGCAAGGAUCUAGAUGCCAAUAAUGAAGUUGAUAAUUGCCUUGCUCUUCAUGCAAUCGCCAAUGUAGGCGGAAGCGAGAUGGCGGAGGCUCUAGCAGAAGAUGUGCAUCGUUUGUUGAUCUCUCCCACUUCCCAGAGCUUCGUUAAAAAGAAAGCUGCUUUGACCCUCCUCAGAUUGUACCGAAAGCAUCCGGAAGUCAUCCCUGCCACGGAGUGGGCACUGAGAAUAGUUUCCAUAAUGGACGACCAGGAUUUGGGUGUGGUGGUUUGCGUCACGAGUUUGGUUAUGGCUUUGGCGCAAGAUAAUUUAGAUGCCUACUCCGUAUGUUACACGAAAGCAGUCGAUCGACUGAAUAGACUUGUCAUUGAACACGAAUAUGCUGCGACAUACGCAUAUUAUAAAGUUCCAACACCUUGGCUACAAGUAAAGCUUCUCCGGCUUUUGCAAUACUAUCCGCCCUCUGAGGACCCGACUAUAGGUUCAGUGCUGUACCAGGUAUUGCAGGCAAUCAUGAAUAACUGUGCGGAGCCAUCGAGGAACGUGCAGCACAACAAUGCUCAGCAUGCGAUUUUAUUUGAGGCAAUCAGCCUCGCGAUUCACCUUGAUACAAACUCACCUCUGGUGGGAACUGCAGCAGUUUUGCUCGCGCGGUUCAUUUCCUCUAAAGAAACCAACGUCAGAUAUCUGGGUCUAGACACUUUGGCUCAUCUAGCCGCUCGAGCAGACUCCCUCGAAGCCAUCAAGAAGCAUCAAAGCACAAUAAUCCUCUCUUUACGUGACAAGGAUAUAUCAGUACGGAGGCGUGCUUUGGAUCUUCUCUACAGUAUGUGUGACGUUGACAACUCGGAGCUUAUUGUCGGCGAGCUGCUGCGGUACCUCAAGGUCGCUGAUUAUGCGUUGCGAGAGGAAAUGGUCCUCAAAAUAGCGAUCUUGACCGAAAAGUAUGCCAAUUCAUAUAAGUGGUAUGUUGAUACCAUUCUGCAACUCAUCAGCGCAGCUGGGGACCACGUUGGGGACGAAGUUUGGUAUCGGGUGGUCCAGAUCGUUACAAAUACCGAAGACUUGCAGGAAUAUGCAGCAAAGGUUGUGUUUGAGCAUCUGAAGGCCCCGUCUACCCACGAAAGUCUUGUGAAGGUCGGAGGAUAUAUUCUUGGUGAAUAUGGUCAUCUUAUUGCCAAUGAAGCUGGGUAUAGUCCACUCGAGCAAUUUCAACUUUUGCACUCGAAAUCUCAAUAUUGUGUGGCUGCGACACGCUCUCUCCUUCUGUCGACGUAUAUCAAAUGGGUUAACGUCUUUCCGGAAAUCAAGCCCCAGCUACUAAACAUCUUCGAUCGAUAUCGGCACGUUCUUGACUCUGAGCUUCAGCAACGGGCUUGCGAAUUUUUUGCGCUUGCCUCGAGGUCAGAUGACGAUGAAUUGCUGCAGAAUAUUUGCGAAGAGAUGCCACCCUUUCCGCCCCGUGUCAGUGCUUUGUUAGGUAGGCUCAAUCGAAAGCACGGAGACACAGAAGAUAAACGAACAUGGAUACAUGGUGGAAAGGAGGCUAACUUGGACCGCGAAGCCACAAAGCGCAAAACUUUUCUCGUCGAAAAUAACGGAACGGCGUCGUCAGACAAUCAAGGAAUUAUGGACUCUCUUGCCGGUUUGGACAUGAGUUCACCCAGCAUCCAAGCUAUUGGUUCUUCCCCCCAAGAAUAUCCUCCUCCCCUCCCCUCCGACAACACGCCUCGUCUCACCAUCGGGCCAAACGUUGAUCGUUGGUUCGAAAAACUUACAUACACUGCAGAGGGUGUGCUCUAUGAGGAUAUCCAAAUUCAGGUCGGCAUCAAGUCUCGUUAUCAGGGCCACAUCGGACAACUUGCAGUGUAUUUGGGGAACAAAGUGUCUGCCCCAUUGACCUCUUUCACCACCACCGUUCACGUCAAUGAUCCGGAAGCUCUCAUUGUCACUUUUGCAAAGAUUCCGCCAAGCACGAUCGGGCCCCGAAGCCAAACACAACAACUGCUUCACAUCGAGUGCAAAAAAACCUUUACAACCCCACCAAUCCUCACUGUAUCCUUUCUAGCUGGAUCCCACCAGACAAUUGCUAUCCGCCUUCCCGUUGUCAUCACGAAAUUUUUCGAGCACGUCAAGCUUGGUCAAUCCGAUUUUUUCGAGCGAUGGAAAUUAAUUGGAGGUCCGCCGCGAGAAGCCCAGAGCAUUUUCCCCAUCGAUCUUACUCUAAAUGAUCAGCUUGAUCUGCCGAAACAUCGUUUGAUUGUAUCUGGCCACCGUUUGAACAUACUGGACGACAUAGACCCAAACCCAAGCAAUCUAGUCGCCGCUGGUGUCCUGCAUAUGUCUGUCGACGGAAAAGUCGGGUGUUUACUCCGACUAGAACCUAAUCGUGAGGCCAAGUUAUGUCGUUUGACCUCAAGGAGUACGUCAGAAGAGGUCGCUGCUGAGGUAUUGAAACUCAUACAGAAGGCCUUGUCGACUGGUCCUCGGUCGUAACUCAUGGGGCUCAUGAUAAAUAUAAGUAUGGAUACAUUUUAACAUCCACUUGUACGCAGUCCGAUAGUGGCACCCAGUGCAAGCUCAAAUCCGACCCGAGAUUCACCGAACCCCCUAAAACUGUCAACGCCGGAAAACACCUUUUAACAAACCUCUCUUUGGCUUUCCCAGAUCAUCCGAUAGGUCGCCAAGACCUUCCGCAGGGUAUUGUCGUGUAUCAUCGUUGGCGCCCAACGACAGCACAGAAUCGGUCAAUGGAGCUUUCAUGUGAACUACCUGUGGGCUCUGACUAACUCUUGGUUGGCGGCUCUCAAAUGGCGAGUUCGUGAAAGUUAGAGGAGUGAGAUUCACACUGCUGUCUGGUGAGAAACCGUGGCGGGAAUCACUUGAUCCUGAAGGAGGUGGCGCAGUUGAUGGUCUAGUCAUUUUUCGUUGGUCCCGCCUGCCAGAUGAUGUCAAGAUGGGAGAAGACGGCAUCUUUUCUGAAGGUGAAGUAGGAGAACUAGGGUAGUUGUGAACUUUUGUCUGUUGUGUGGAAUCUGCCGAUAUACUCGUUGCGAGUUGGCUAACCCUGAGUAAAGCCUGCUCUUCAACCUCUAAACAUUUUGCACGAAAUUCUUCCAAGAUUGGGUCACCGUUGUGAGUAGACUGUGCAUGGAAUUGUUUUGAGUUCCUGAUAACCGCAGAAGUGAUAAUCGCCAGUUGUCUGGGAACAUCAAGAAGAUGUGGAGUGACUGAGAUGGCUUCGCGGUCCAGAAUAGACAUUAUCUUUGCG